AUCCGCCUCAUUCCUUUAAACACUCUGAUAUUACUCACUGUACAACAUUCGGUCCCGAUCAGUCAGCAUACAACAAAGCCUUACUUAGGAGAGGCGCGUCCACCCCUCAGCUACCUAUAGCUCAUAGCUCACAGCUGUAGUUAUAAGGCAAGCUGUUUCGUUCGCCUUCUCACUACGAUUCGAUACUUGCUUGUAUCAAAGUAGUCUCCUUAUCAAAUCAUCAUGUCGUCGGCAUCUACGAGUCCACAAGCAAGCGCGACGGCGACGUCCUCGUCGAGCGGCAAUGCUCAGGAAGCAUGGUUGAUGGCACGGCAAAAGGUUAACACAACCAUGUUGACAUAUUAUGCGGCCUCACUCAGUGCUCUUAUCGGCGUCUUCAUUAUUGCCCACUGGCUUCGCUUCGUAUUCGUUAAACUUGGCUGGUCUCGUUCACGCAACCCGAUAUUGCUACCUUUCAGUGCUGUUUCAAGAAUUGCUAGGAGAAUAUUCGUACGGAAUCUAACUGGGUUUACCUCAGUCGGUCAUGCUGUACUUGUGAUCGUCUACGUGGCUAUGAACGCCACGUUCAGCUUCUACCGCGUUGAUUUCAGCAUCUAUGCUAAUGUGGCCGCUCGGUUCGGCUGGAUGGCUGCGGGGAAUUUGGUCUUCGUGAUAUUCCUUGCGUUAAAGAACACACCUCUAGCAUUCCUUACGGCCUAUUCCUAUGAGCGACUCAACGUCUUACAUCGAAUCGCCGGGUAUACUACUAUGCUUUAUGUUAUUCUUCACGGAUCCAUCUAUGCGUCUUACUUCAUCGGUGUCGGGAGGAUUGAAGUCCUCCGAGAGGAUGUCGUGACAGGCGGUAUUGUCGCUGGAUUUACCAUGUUCGGUUCUGUUAUGGCCGGCAUGAUUCUGAGACGUUUUAACUACGAACUCUUCUAUAUUGCUCACGUCAUCUUAUUCUUUGCUAUCGUUGUCGGCCUCGGCUUACAUCGUCCCGAACUCGAAUCCGAGCAAACAUUGUACGCAACCAUAAUCCUUGCUGCACUGUGGUUCGCCGAUCGUCUCAUUCGGUUCUGUCGACUAGCUUACAACAGCGUCAACAACGAGGCCAACAUCUACGCUCUCCCAGAUGGUGGUACUAGGAUAGUGCUCAAGAAGCCUAUCUCACGUGCCCGCCCUGGCAAGCACUGCUACGUCUGGCUUCCGAAAAUCAGAACCUUCGAAACUCACCCCUUUACCAUCGUGGCGACUGAGCCGUUUGAACUUGUCAUCAACUCAUAUAGCGGUUUCACCAGUGACCUCCACAACUACGCUCUGAAGAACCCUGGGGCGAGCCUCAAAGUCUCGGUAGAAGGCCCUUAUGGUACUCUCCCGGACCCCAUGGAUUUUGACAAGGUUGUCUUGGUUGCAGGCGGUUCCGGUGCGACGUUUACAUUUGGCAUAGCGGCCGACAUGCUCUCACGAAUGUCCGAGAGUUCCAAGCAGCAGAUUGACUUCAUUUGGGCCGUCAAAGGACAUGACAACUUAUCAUGGUUUACGCAGCACCUGAAUAACCUCCGCAACCAUGUCCACGCACCGAAAAUCGCCCUAAAGGUGCAUGUUACUAGACUAGGGCCUGAAUCGCUCAGAGACCCCUCGCUGGAACGGCCUGCAUCGGAUUCUUCUACUACAGACUUAGGGCCGUCGGCUCUCGAGAAAGGAAAGGGGGACUUCAUCGCUUCUAGUGGGCCGGCGUCUUCUGCCGCUACCCGGUACGAAUCCGACCGAGAAGAGAAGGACGCUAGCCGACACAUGGACUUCCCAUCGGCAGCAACGAGCAUGACGAACCUCAACCUGCCGAUCAGACCUGGAAGGCCCGAUACAGAGGCCGAGAUAAAGGCGGCGGUGCGGUCACUAGACAAGAACCAACGAGUGCUCAUCGCUUCCUGCGGGCCCGACAGCCUGACGAAUGUGGUCCGGAACGUCGCGGCAAGCUGCAUCAGCGUCGACGGCCCCGCAGUCGAAGUCCACUGCGAACACUUUGGCUGGUGAUUUAUCAUUCACCCUCUUUUUUUUUUUUUUAAUUUAUACGAAUCGUCACGAGCUAGUUAAUGGGGGUUGUUUUACAAUCUGGACAGGAUCACCCAUGGAGAUCUAACUGGAUCAGCUUGCUUUUUUACCGGGGGCGGUAGAUGGCGUUUCGGAGUAUGUAUGUCUAUAAUGUAUGUCCUGGA